UGUGUGAAACCCCAAGUCAGUGGUACAUGGAUUCUAGUACCGACUUUGAGACACUGGAUGAAUCCCUUUACUGCUCAUUAUAAGAAUUAUUGAAAUAUAACUCUAAUACUGUCUCCAUACUUCAGGUGCUCUAACCCUAACCCUAACCCUGAAUCUAACCUUAACCCUAACAAUAACUCUAACCCUAACCUAAACCCUAACUCUAACCCUAGACUAACCUUAACUCUAACCUUAACCUUAAUCCAUGGUCAUUCCAGGUGUGGAUGAGAUAGAGAAAGUGCUGGAAACCUCACAAGCUGGUGUAAAACAGAUAGCCUGGGGAGGGAGCUUCAUCAUGUCGCAGACAGGGCAGCGCUGAAGACAGGUGGACCUCGCCACACGCUCCUGACAGGAAGCCUCGCUAAACACUCUUUGGAUCAGUAAACUUUUUCCUACAAAGUUCUCUCUGCGUGGGGCACCGAACACAUCAUUACUAAGUAGUACAACAUUCCCAGCGUUCCAGCGGUGAAGAAGACCGGGCUCAGAGUGCCCAGAGAGGAGGAGUGUUGGGUGACCGCCUUCCUUCUCAGUGCGGAUCGAACCCGGGAUCGUCAUGCUCCUGGGUUGAGGGAAACCGCGCGCCUUUCCGUCCAGAAGGUAGAGAUCGGCGGUCUGUUUCCGGACCACGAAUCCGGUUCGGUCAGAAAGUUUUGAAAAGGUGCCCGCAUCACUGAAUGGUCCCAUAAUAACGGUACCUACAUCAUGAUCAUGUUGUGUGAAAACAUUUCCUUCUCUCUCUUUUCAAGAGGCGAUAUCGUAUUGAAUUCAACACGCGCGCGAUCAGCUUGUUGGAUGUCAAAUGCCAGAUGAUGGACAGUUUGGUCUUUCUGGACAAGGAUGAGCAGUGAGUGAAAUGCCGCACACGAGCACACGGAUUGGGAUCCCGGGGACGCACCCCGUACUCCUAUAGAACCUGACAGUUAUCGAUGAGCACGGGUUCCAGACAAGGGUCGCCGCACCGCACCUGGAGCUGCCAUGUCGCACGCGUCCCAGAGGCUUCCGCACUGGCUGGUUCUGAUCUUUGUGAGUUUGUUGGCAUCUUCAGUUUGUCCAUCACCUCAACACAAAAGAUGGCUGCAUUCAGGGACUCAAGCAUCUCACCUUGCCAUCCAGAACGAAGAAGGGCAGUUUGAUGCUCAGAGAGGAAGGCCUUUCUUUUCACCCUUUCCCUCUUCUCCUCUGGCCAACUGUCCCACCCGAAUUCGUCGAAUGCUGAACCUGGAGACUGUGUGGGGCACCUGGGGUGGCUGGUCUGUGUGCUCACGAACCUGUGGGGGUGGAGCUUCUGUGCGAAGCCGCACUUGUAUCACCAGGAGCUCAGUGGUGACACCAUGCAUUGGAGAACCACGGCAGUAUAAGGCCUGUAAUACUAUGGAAUGCCCCCCUGGGUCUGUAGUGUUCCGGGAACUGCAGUGUGCUGCCUUCAAUGAUCGCCCAUUGGUUGCUGGUGUUCGCUACAGGUGGAGCACUUUCCAUGGAGGCUCCUCCCCAUGUGAACUAAGCUGCCUCGCCUUGGGACAAAAUUUCUACUAUAACUUUGGGCAUGUGUUGGAUGGCACCCCAUGCCAGGAACCAGGCUCCAUGUGUGUCAAUGGUCGUUGCCUGAAGCCAGGCUGUGACUCGAUCCUGGGUUCGGAGAAGCAGAAUGAUAUCUGCAUGGUGUGUGGUGGACAGAAUACCACUUGUCUGCGCCAUCACAGCAUGUAUCACAAUAGCAAUCAAGGCACCGCUCUGCAGAACAGAUACUCACAGUUUGUCAUCAACGGGCACUGGAGGAUCAGCAGACCUGGAGAAUACAGUGUGGCUGGAACCAAGCUGCUCUACCGGCGUUCGGCCGACACUUUUGAGAAUUUUGAGGUUUUGGGUCCAACCCAGGAGAACCUACGCGUAAUGGUGCUGUCCAUCGACAAAGACUUGGGGAUAGAAUAUGAGUACUGGCUUCCUCUUGAGCUCUAUGCUCUUUAUCAUGGGAGAAAGAGCCAACUCCAUCAGCCACAUACUGCAACCCACUUCUCACCAUGGCCUUCACCAGCCACCACCAGUGUGACCUCCACGAGCACUCCUCCUGCAGCCAAGAACCUUGGAUUUGCCACUGCUAAGCCCCGCUCAGUAGUUCCUGGCAGCUGGUCUUCCAGACCUGUCCAGCAGUCAUACCUGAAGAAGGUGGAGAUCCAGCGGAAUGAGCUCCCUCUCUCAAUACGCCCAGGUCACUGUGACCAGUGCAGAAGGGUGCGAGCUCAGCGCAACCGACGUAAACAGUACUGCGUCAAACACUUUGUUUUCCGGGGCAAGGUCCUGGGAAAGGCGUACCUCGGGAAGGAGACACGUUACGACGUGCAGGUCAUGCACACUUACCGCAGCCAGUUCCGUCUGGAGCGCAGGGAGUUCCUGUGGGUGCCCAAUGUGUGUGACUGCCCCCUGCUGGAAGAGGGCCGCCAGUAUCUCAUAAUGGCACGGCGCCACGUCAAUCACGAGCACGCCGUCAACCGCAUUCUCCUGGACCCGGACAGCUACGCCCAGCCAUACCACCACCGCGAGGACAGGUUGUUACGCCUCCUAGAGGUGCACUGCCGUAACAGCAGAUUGUAGCAGUGGCCAAAACUGAGGGAUUGGGACAGCAGUUGUCAGGCCCAGUCCUUGUGCCCCGCUUUUAUUGGACUGAACUUGUAAAUAAUUACCAUAGAUUACACUGUUUAUUAUAAAUAUAUUUAAAAUUCUCACCACUUUAGACUGAAUGUAUUAGAUGAACAGCAGCUAUAAUUAUAGUAACACCUCCAGUGGUUAAAAGGCAAGUACAUUUAUGUCUUUUUAGGGGGAAAAAAAUUGUGUUUAUGAUGUUAUCAGUGACACAUACUCCAUCAUUCUUGCUUUUAAUCUUUUAAAGUUUUAAGCUGAAUAAUUUGUUGUUAACAACAUUUAUUCCACUGCAUAAAAGUUUAACGUAAAGACAGCAUGUUUAACUUGCACAAAAGGAUAGAGCAAACCUUAACUAACCCGUCUACUGGAAUUUGUUUUGGGAUCAUGCCAUUUAUUUCGAAGCAGCUCAGUUAACUGGAUGCUAUUAACUGUAAGAUCAGAUAUAUCAGUCAAAACCAGUAUAUGCAGCAGUUUUCUAGCACUUGGCACUGAGAGUGCUCAAUUAAGCCACACCCGAUGAUCUUUCACCAUGCCUCAUCCUGUAGGUCUACAGGCCUUUUGUUCCACCCUUAAGCACAGAAUCAAUAAAGCAACUUUUUUUGGGAUUAGAAUGUAAAACUGACCAGUUCAGUUAUCAUUUUCAAACCCAAUGUAAGUCAGCAUCAGAAUGUGAAAAUGUUGCUGUGAGGAGGUGAAAGUGCCUGCUAUGCAGAUGUUUGAUGGAGCUCCCAUCUAGAGUGUAUAAAUAGUGUACAACCUGUUCUGGAGAAGAAAGUGAGAAUCCUCGAUCUGACACCAAAAAGAGCUCUUUAGGUGGGUUAGGGUGCCAAAAAGUACUACGGAUUGAACAAAUUCUCCAGUCAAUCAGUUCACAGUUCGUGUUCGUUUGAAGAAAUGUCUUAAAAUCUGUUUCUCCUCUUUCUUUCCAUACUGCACCUUUCUCUCACUUAAGUUUUCAUAUAGGUUUGACAUCAUUAAAACACAACACUGCAUACAUUCUUUCCAUAAUUUA